UACUAUUUAUUUUUUAUUUUUUAUUUUUUAUUUUAGAGAAUAAUAAAAAAUUAGGUGAGUCAAGCUAAGUAUAAGGCUUGAACUACAACAAUAAAAACCUUAUUCUCUAAAUCCGCAAGCGAAAAGAAAGAAUCAAGACCCAGGAUUGGUCCCUCCAAUUCCUUUUUUUUUUUUUUUUUUUUUCUCUUUUUCUUUUUCCUUUUGUUUAGUUGGAAUUGAUCUUUGGCGUACAACCCAAAUAAUUUGGAUUCCUCCUCCAUUUUUUUAAAGUUUUUGGUACCUGGCGUAGUGUUUGGGAAAAGAGACUUGUACUGCUGACGAUUAGAAAUUUGUAUAUAAAAGCACUGGUAAGCUAACCUUGUCAGCACAAACAUUUUAUUUUAAUUAUUUUCUUGCUUUUUCUGUAUUGUUGCUAUAAGCUUAGGAUUUUGUUUGCUUUCUUGAAGCACGUCCAUGUCUACUCCCAAUUCCUCUGAAAAUCCCAAUGAAAUCUUGUCCCUCGAGAGAAUCAGAGAAACCAUCAUUCCCUCUCUCCUUGCCGAAUUCUCCUGGGCCAUAGUCUAUCUCUCCGCCAGCCACUCUGAAAUGGCCAAUCAAUUUGAAAAAUUACCCAAAGACCUCACUUACAUCCAGCAUGCAUUUACAGGACUCAAGAACUUUGAGGAAAGCGCAAGUAAUCUUUUCAAGAUCCUCCAACAGGCUCAACACAGCCUCCGCCACCUAUUGUAUCAGCAGUCAACGCGAUCCCACAUCCUUGACUCACAAGCUAAGCAAUUUCAGCCCAAACUGCAGGUGCUCAACGAGACCAUCAUCAAGCUGAAACUCCUACUUCCAUCCCCACAUAAACUUUUGUUGAGUAAGGAAAAGUCUUUGUUGUCUACUGGCAUUGAGUCCCAUCAUCCCAACAAAGUGCUUGACAAAUUGUCUGGCUUACACUUCAGUAAGGUGUUUGAAGAAAGCCCGGCUUAUAAAGAAUUUCAGGUUGUUUAUAACAGUCUUCGUGUUACUACGAAGCUCUGUUUGUUGUGUUUUGCCGUGUUUCCUGUGAAUGAGGUUGUAAAGAAGAGGGUUUUGAUACAAUGGUGGGUUGGAGAAGGGUUUGUGAAUCCUCCGGUUGGUGGCAAAGAGACGGUUCUGGAAAUUGCUGAUGGUAUAUUUGAAGAAUUAACAAAGAAGGGCUGCGUUGAACCUGUUAAUAAGAAACGGAGACCUUCCGUGGUGCAUGGUUUUAAAAUGAAUCCUAUUAUUCGUUCUGCGGUGAUUGUUAUUGCCAAAGAAGUGGGAUUCUUUGGUUUUGACAAUAAGGGGAACCCCACAACCGAAUUUUCAUGGUCUCGACGUGCGUGUUUGGUGAAUGGUUCUCAGCAUCUGAUGCAGGUAAGAGCUCAUGGCGAUCCAGAAAACCUGCAGACGAUAUUCAAUGUUAAUGAGUCCUAUCCAGAUUUUUCCAAAGUGGAGUGGUCCAAGUUGAGGAAUGUGAAUGUUCUUUAUCUUGGAAGGUGGCACAACAGAGCUAAGCAUCACAUUGAAGUAGAUGACACUGAAUUCUUCCACGGAUUGCAGUAUAUGGUAAAGUUGAUAUUCUUCAGUCUACGAGGUAUAUCGAGGAUCAUGGAGCUUCCUGAUUCUGUAUGCAAGCUUGUUAGUUUGAGGAUCUUGGAUCUCAGUGCCUGUCACAACUUAGAGGUACUUCCGGAAAGAAUAGGCUUGCUUAAGAAUCUCACACACUUGGAUAUGUCCGAGUGUCACUUGCUAGAGCGUAUGCCUAAGGGGAUUGCCUUGCUCUCAGAACUUCAAGUUCUUAAAGGAUUCAUAAUUCGCGAAUAUCAUAAGAAUGAUACUCCAUGUACUCUUCAGGAUUUGUCAGCAUUGCAGAAGUUGAGGAAAUUGACAAUCAGCACUAGCAGGGAAGAUUUUCCCAGCAAACAAGAGCUAAUUGAUUUCCAACAUCUUAAAUCACUUCGAAAGCUGACAAUAGUGUGGGGAGGGUUAUCCAUCCAAGCCAAUGCUGCACCAGAGCUGGGAGAACCAACUGGGACCAAAACUCAUAUUCAGGAAAAUCGAGAAUAUUUUGAGGAACUUGAGAAGAUGGACCUUCAGUGCUAUCCUAGGAUGACAGCACCUAGCUGGUUGGUGCCCGGUAGGCCUAAGAGCCUAAAAAAGCUCUACGUUAGAGGAGGGCCGCUUCGAAAUCUAGGUCAUGCGGAGGAGAAUGACAAGUGGACAGUUGAGAUAUUACGUCUGAAGUUCUUGAGUGAAUUAAAGAUGGACUGGAAUAAACUGCAGAUGUCAUUUCCACAUUUAACAUAUGUGGAGAAAUUUAGAUGCCCUAGGCUCACUUUCGUCCCAUGUGAUGAGAGUGGAGUUUGGCUGAAACCGCGAAAUGGAACAAAUGAAAUCAUCUCGGCGUGAGUGUGAUGCAUUCAAACAGUUAAACUGAAGGUUCACUAGAUUGAUUGAAGUAUAUCGUCAAUUUUUUCCCCCUAAUGCUAUGCUCUCUUUUUGCCUUUUUCUUUGGAAAGUGAAUUUAGUUCUGUUUAUUGAAAUUUAAUGUUGCUCCAAAGUUGAAUGUGGAUUGUAUUCAAGCUAUUGAGAAAUUACCUCUGUGUAAAUAUUGUCAUGGGAAUC